AUGGAAAGUUAUACAAAUAAUGGGCUGUCUAACCCCAAGAUCCCCACUCUUAUCCCACGCUCUUAUCAGGACUCCAGAGUGAUCAACAAUAUUGACAAUGAGGAGCUCAUACCUGCGACGGACUUUCAUGACCUACUGAGUGGUUGGGAGGUCGAGGGUGGGCUUUCCAAAGUUUCUUCAGAGACAGACAAGACGUAUUUUGAUAAAGCCGGGAGGCGGAUGAUUUACAGUCGCACUGGGAGCUAUAAUUGGAAAACAUUACAGGGAAUUGAGGAUGAAUAUGUUCCAGACUUUGUGGAUUUCAACUUCAGGACAUGGAUUGACGACAAGCUGGCUAAUGAGGACCAUAUUUUGGAUGAGCUGCAUUCCAAAGUCCAACCAAUCUCAAUUGAAAAGCACGAAGGUGCAGCGCGUCCUACAUCUCGGAGCACAGGGUCUCCAGAACGUGAAAAGGACCGUUUGAUUCUUGCAUCUCUCCCGUCCAACUUCCUAUCGCUUUCUUUCAGUGAAAGAAAGAGGAUCAUGAACGAGGCAUUACCUGAUUUUUUGCAAAAUGACAAGGACUACAAAAAUCACAUCACUAGAUUGAUUCGCAGAAAUUCCGUAUCGGGUGCAACCUCCCCGGCACACAGGUUGUCUAAUUCCUACUCGCUACAAAAUUCCGUUAACAGUACUGUCACAAUUCCUGACAACACUAAUGUGAAAGGUUCAUUGAUUCUUGGCAAGUGGCGGUUAGGUCGAAUAAUUGGACGAGGUGCAUACGGUAUCAUCCGAGAAUGCAGCAACGAAAACGACGAGAUAAAAGCAAUGAAGAUUAUCGACGUUCAUGGUUCUGUGGAGUUCAUAAAACGUUUCAAGACUGAAUCUCUCAUCUGGUCGCUUUUGAACCACGAACGGAUUGCGCCGUUGUUGGAUUUCAAAUUUACCGACCAUUCUUUCUUUUUGCUGACCGAGAAAUAUAGCUCUGGCUCGCUCUUUGAUCUAGUGAAGCAAUGGGAGUCAGCUAACGAUCCGCAACGUCUGCCCCGCAUUGUGACAUUUUUGAUUGACAUAUGUUCUGGACUGCAGUAUAUGCACGGCUUGGGAAUAUACCACGGAGACGUGAAACUGGAAAACUGCCUUCUUUCAAAUGGCAGAGUUGUGCUCUGCGAUUUUGGGAUGGCCAACUUCUACAGCAGAGAUACCAAGGCGCUAAUCAAAAUUCCUGACCUUUCUAGACGAAUCUUGGAUGAAACUGUCGUGCCCUCUUCCCCUUACAACAUAUCGACGGGCUCGUCACACUCGUACCGCAAUUCUCCGCUGUCCUCUGUUGCCAACACGCCCACUCCCCGUUCCCCACGCUCCUCAGCAACGGCGUCCACAACUUCUUCCUACAACAGUGCCCGUUUACCGGAUACACACAUUGGUUCACUUCCCUACUCUUCGCCCGAAAUCCUGCGACCUAAUCCUCCUGCGCUUGAUCAUCUAACGGAUGCGUGGGCAGUGGGGGUGCUGCUUUACACGUUGGUCACGCUGAAACUACCUUUCCAACAUAAUUUUGAGCCACGGCUCAAGCUCAUGAUCAUGAAUAACGAUUACGACAAAACCCGUUUCCGAGCGGCACUUAAUGAUUUUCCGCGCGCAGACGAUUUAGUCUCUAUUUUGAGCGCAUGUCUCGAACCCGAUCGUUCACAGCGCUGGGACAUGUCUCGUAUUUUGUAUGUACUACUGUAA